CUGCUGCUGCUGCUGCUGCUGCUCCUCCUCCUCUCCGCGGGGCGGCGCUGAGGACGCCGCUCGGGGAAGAGCUGAGGGCUGCGCGCUGCCUCGGAGCGACAGUGAAAUGGGAGUUUCACCCCGUCAUGGAUCCGUUUGACGGUCCCGAGUCUCACAAGAUAAAGCUGGAGGCCAGCGCGGAGGAGGCGUGUGUGCCGUGGAGCCGCUUCUCCGCCUGGCUGGAGUGUGUGUGCGUGGUCACCUUCGACCUGGAGCUCGGACAGGCCAUAGAGCUCAUCUAUCCACACGAUGUGAAACUUACAGAAAAGGAGAAAACAAGCAUAUGCUACUUGUCAUUCCCCGAUUCAUACUCAGGUUGUCUUGGAGACACACAAUUCAGCUUCAGGCUGCGGCAGUCUGUGGGACGAGUCAGCGGUUCGUGGUUUGGAGAGGAGGACAAAUACAACAGAGAUGCGCCACUAAUACUGCAGAAGGAACUGGCACAUUUCUACGGCUAUGUGUACUUCAGGCAAGUCAAAGAUGUCUCUGUCAAAAGGGGCUACUUUCAAAAGUCACUGGUCCUGGUUUCCAGACUGCCAUAUGUGCAGCUUUUCCAGUCUCUGCUGCAGAUUAUUGCUCCGGAGUACUUUGAGAAGCUAGAGCCUUGUUUGGAGGCCGUCUGUAAUGAGAUUGACCAGUGGCCCCCACCUGUGCCAGGCCAGACCCUCAAUCUACCUGUGAUGGGUGUUGUGAUGCAGGCCAGGAUUCCUUCAAAGGAUGACAAACCAGGAGGAAGUCCUACUAGACAGGGACAGAAGGAGAAUCUUCUCCCUGCCCCCAUGGUUCUCCCUACAAUCCAUGAGCUGGAUCUUUUUAAGUGCUUCCAGUCCGUCCUGAUUCACCUGCAGAUGCUCUGGGAGUUAAUGUUGCUAGGAGAGCCACUCGUGGUCAUGGCACCCUCUCCAACCAUCUCCUCGGAGACGGUGCUGGCGUUAGUCAGCUCCAUCUGUCCACUGAGAUACUGCUGUGAUUUUCGUCCCUACUUUACUAUCCAUGACAGUGAGUUUAAAGAGUACACCACCAGGACUCAGGCACCGCCUAAUGUAAUACUGGGUGUUACUAACCCCUUCUUCAUCAAGACCUUUCAGUGCUGGCCUCAUGUAUUGCGUCUCGGGGAGGUAAAGAUGUCCGGGGAUUUGCCAAAGCAGGUUAAGGUUAAGAAGCUGGCCAAGUUGAAAACACUGGACACAAAACCAGGCAUAUACACGGCUUACAAAACAUUUCUCCAUAAAGACAAAGCCCUCAUCAAGAGACUCUUAAAGGGAAUCCAGAGGAAAAGGCCUUCAGAGGUGCAGAGCGCCAUCUUAAGGCGGCAUCUGUUAGAGCUGACUCAGAGCUUCAUCAUUCCACUGGAGCGAUACCUGGCCAGCCUGAUGCCACUGCAGAGAUCUGUGACUCCUUGGAAGACUCCUCCUCAGAUCCGACCCUUCAGUCAGGACGAGUUCAUGGCCACUCUGGAUCACGCUGGGCCACAACUUACCUCCAUGCUCAAAGGGGACUGGAUGGGCCUUUACAAGCGAUUCUUCCGGUCUCCUAACUUCGAUGGCUGGUAUCGUCUCCGGCAUCGGGAAAUGACUCAGAAAGUGGAAUGUCUUCAUUUAGAAGCUGUCUGUGAUUCUGAUCUGCUGACUUGGACCAAAGACAAGUCAGAAGUGGAGAUCGUUGACCUCGUUUUAAAAUUGCGGGAGAAGCUGAUGAGAGCUCGUAAACAUCACCUUCCAGUGAAGGAGGAGCUGGUAGAGAAGCUGGAAAACUACAUUCAGAUUGUCAUCAGCUCUCUGCCUGAGGAUCUGCAGACAGUACUACACAAACACUGACAAAGAGACAUACAAACCCACGCUCACUGAUCAAAAGGGGCUUUUAAAAAACCCCCAAAAAACAAAGCUACUUACAAGGACCAUCAACUACACAAUUACCAGGAGACUGACUGACAGAACCACACAAUACGGUGCUGACAUUAACCAGCACCAGCAAAGCACCUGAGAAAUGAACAGGUACCAAUUGUUCGCCACUCAAGACUGUAAGACUAUCAUUGCUGUGAUAGAUCAAGAAUGGUUUUCAGGUUCUCUGUUCAGUCCUGUAAAAAUGAAGGUGUGGUGCCAAAUCAGUCCUCGUGUUUGAUCCAGACACCUGCAAUUUAAGUUACUCCAUAAUUGAGCUGAUACAUUUUGUAAUGAUCAUUAGUUGCAGUGAUUAGUAUAUGGUCACACUGGGUCCAAGCACAGUUUAUGAAAAUGCUCUUAAAUCACUUUUAGGGUGGUCAAACAUCUGAUUUGGCAUGUUGACCAACAUCUUUGCUGAGCUACUGUGCUAAAAUGCCUGCAUUUGAUUCAUCUUACUGCAUUUGUAACGACACGCUACGUUUCUCUGUAAUGCUCAUCCAGGUAGAUUUAGGCCCAAUUUCUACAUUUUAUAAGUGGUUAUGUGUUGGCAUCAGCAGAUAUGUACAUAAACAAUAUUGAGUAUCGGUGCAUCCCUGCAGUGCUGAUCACAGUAGCUGUGCACUUACACAUUCAGAAUAAGAAGAAAAUGGUACAACUCUGACAUUUUGGCAGAUUUUGCAUUUCACUUGUGUGGUAAGUCAUAAAUUAGAGACAGGUGACAAUAACUGAUUGUAUAUUGGAA